AUGCAGAUUCAAGCGGUCCUGGCAGCCACUCUAAACCUAUAUUGGCGCUACAAAUGCAUCAUUAUAAGACGCGCAAAUGAAACUCACGACCCAAUAACCUCAAAACUCCCCAACGAGCUUGUCGUCAUUAUAUUCAAAUUCGCGUGUGAUGACGACUGGGAUGGGCCGCUGACUUUAGGCGCGGUAUGCCAGCAAUGGCGCGCCAUAAUCUACGCAACGCCGUCAUUUUGGACGACAAUCUGGCUAAAUGUCAAGCUUGCCUUCGGCAGCAGUUAUAACCCAGAUAGUGCAAUGUCGAGUCGAAAUCAGAGGAAGAUGGAUUUGUUCCGUGGAUGGCUUGCACGUAGUGGUGAACUCCCAAUUUCGUUAUGGCUUACCUUGGGGAAGAAGUACACGGGGCAGGCCAACGAAAUUCAGCGCGAGCUUCGACAGGACGAGGUCGAGCGGGAGUUUGGGCCCUUUGUUGCUCUAGUAAACAGCUACUCGUCGAGGUUCAAAUUCAUUGACAUAGAAGCUCUACAAAGUAUGCUGCUAGCCCUCGGGCCAGCGUACGAAGGACCGUUGCUCCGACGCUUGAAGAUAACGGCUUUGGACGGGGGGCAUUAUUACACUCCGGAAAAGGAAGACGAAGAUACCGAGGAGGAAUUUACUGCCAUAUCGCGUCAGGCAGCCGAUGGACGCAAUCUGGAGCUGUUCUUGAUUAACCACGAAUUCAACAACAUCGACUGCCAAAGGUUAAAUGUAACAAACAUUUCAUCUCAAUAUUUUGAAACAGAAUCACUACUUCGAGCUCUAAAAGAAACUCCAGACGUUCUUGAGUGUAGGAUGGCGUAUUAUAUUCACACUCCACUCGCUACCGCGGAGCCAGUCACUCAUUUACGUCUUACAAGCCUAUCGAUAAAGGAUGGGUUGAAUCAAGGACUGGAAAUUUUGAUGGAGGUAUGCCUCCCGUCUUUAAAAGUCCUCAAGGUACACCUACCCGGGCAGUCCGAUGUCGUCGACAACUGCAUCCUGAUCUCGGAGUUCAUUCACAACUCCAACUGCAAGCUGACUGAAUUGGAACUUUUUUUUGCCAAUCUUCAAGAAAACGAGGUUGAGGCGAUAAUGGCGUACCUUUUAUGGACACGACUUUUGCACGAUCUCGAGGAAUUCACUUUGCUCAAGUUGGAUUUCAACCCCGAUUCAUUGUUCGAUGUUUUGAGUCGUAGCUCAUUGAAUGGAAUACAUUCCGCAUACGCUAAAGAAGACGGAAACUGCAAGUACGACCACCUAAAUCCCCAGGAGGUAGACCCGGACACGAUGGUUUUCCUCCCUAGUUUGAAAUCAUUCACAUAUUCCUUGACUACGUCCGACCUCCGCGACACUAUACCUUGGAAUACUUUGGUUGAUUCCUUUGGGCCCCUGUCAAAGGCCCAACGUCGACCCUUGACAAGCGUCAAAAUCAUCCCCGAGUGGAAACUCGGCAAUCUGAAGACGACAAAACCGCUUCUGGAUUCCCUCUCCCUCUCCCAAGAUUCCGUAAAAAAUCUUAUCACGGCCAUACAAGCGGGAUGCCACAUAAUGCUGCCUGCAGAGAUUGAAGAAGAUGAUCUAGCAGAAGUAUAA